CAUGUUUUCAGCACGAGCCGAAGGAGCGAAUGGUUUGAGGAGGCGAGGUCGUCAAACGUACACCAGGUAUCAAACGCUAGAACUGGAAAAGGAAUUCCACACGAAUCAUUACUUGACAAGGCGGCGACGUAUAGAAAUGGCGCACGCACUUUGUCUAACGGAACGACAGAUCAAAAUCUGGUUUCAAAAUCGACGGAUGAAACUAAAAAAAGAAAUCCAGGCGAUCAAGGAACUCAACGAGCAGGAAAAGCAGGCACAGGCGCAAAAAGCAGCAGCGGCGGCUGCCGCGGCCGCCGGUCAAGUUGAUCCGAACUGAACCAGCAUCAACUCCUCUUCUUCGUCUUACUGCUAAGGGAAGAUGAGGAAGUGCAGCUGCGACUAUGCUUCAAUAACAGAGUUUACGUGUGCCGGGAGCAAAGAUGCAGCCUCAAGCCUCCUCGAGUGAGCCGGUGUUUGGUCCAACGUUACCAACCUUUCGGGGCCAUCAUCAGACACGUGAAACCGUACACGGACCGACCCUCGAUGGACGCUUUUGCAAUAAACUCAUUCAUUCUUUAUGUGUGUAAAUAUAAAUUCUUAAAUGAUAGUGACGUUAAAUAUCGAAAUAGUGCAAUGAUGAUGAAGAAGAAGAAGUGUUACAAUAAGACUCGAAACAAUUGAAUGCGUUCGUCUUCGCCCUCUGGAAAUCUCAUCAAUGCCACCUGACGUAAAUAGUACCUACUAAUGUAAGAAUACGAUACGAUAAAAUACCCAUGAAACUGAUGAUUUGAAACGGAUAUACGUAAUUAAUGCUCCUUGAUAUUUUUACUUACUGUUUAUAAUAAAUAAUUAUCUAACGCUUAAUAAGUGUAUGUGCUGGUAGGCUUUGUUUUUGUAAAUAACUGACUUGUAUGUAGACGUCGAGAGUAUACCUACAACCGAAUUUAUUGAAAAUUGCUGAAUUUAACCAGCUACUAAGCAGAGUGUUAAACCAUCAACAUAAUGCGUGUUGGUGCUAACAAUUUCCCCAGUGUUGGCACGCAGUUCAUACCAGUUAUAUUAAUUAUUAAAAAAACUAUUAUUGUUGGUCUGUACUGACACAAGGUCACAGCAUAUUAACACACAAUAAUUUAGCCAAAACGCUCUCCUAGCUUCAGUGGAUGGUCAAUUUCAGUACUUUUUAUAAAAUAUGCUUGAUAAAUGCAUUGGAAAGUUAAAAAUUAUAGGUCAGGUCAUUAAUGUUAAAUGAACCGAUCUAAUUAUAUUGAAAUUUUUAAUGUUCUUUACAAAAUAUAUCAAAAUUUACUAAUAAACAACUAAAGGUUUCUGCACACGCCAAUACUUACAAAACAACUGCUCACUACUAUGAGCAUAAUUCCAGUAUUGUAAUAGUACUUCGAAAGAGAAACAUUCGCAUAAAAAUAUAAAUAAUUAUCCAGAUAAUGGGAUGCACAGGUAAAGGAAUUACACAGCAUAAAGUAUUAACAACAUUAAAAACAAGUUAAAGUCUAGAAUACUAAAAUAUGAAAAUGUUGUUCAAAUUCUAUUUUCGUUAAAGAAGAAAUUAAUUCAUUCACACGUACUAGGUAUUUUAAGACGGGAAGAAUUUACAUGCACCCCAUUGUACAGAUAUCGUGUACUUUUGGAUAUAGUAACGUAAUUUAUAGAAAUAUUUGUAUAUUACAUGCAAAACAACAUUUUAUUCUUGUUUCGGUUUAUACUUUUUUAUUAGAGCAAAAAAUCGAAAAUAAAAGCACCUGAAUUUUUAGACUAACCGCUUCGCUUCGUUCCGAACAGGGUUAUGAAUCUUAGGAACCCGAAAAUAAGGAAAAACUAUUUUUCUUUUAAAAACUACCGGGGUAUUUAUAUUUUGGAUUUAAUUUAGAAUGCGAAAUUAAUAAAAAUUUUGAGUUUUUUAUUAGGCCAAUUUUUUCGUAUUUGGGUUUAAAUUUUUGAGAUAAACAUAAAUUCACAAUCUUACAUAAAGCAGGAAAAAGGAAAAAUGUUUUCUGGAAUUUGCUGUAUCAUUUCUUAUCCCGAGAUAAAAAUGUUCAGUCUCUCAAAGUCUCCGAAAGCGAGACUUGAGUCUCCGCCUCUCAUCGAGCCUCUCCGGUGUCGCUGAGAGAGACUAUCAAAAAAACUGUUCAGCGUCUCUGAACGAGAGAUUUGAGUCGCUCAUAGAGA